AUGAAGCCCAACUCGGACGCCAUCGCCAGCCCGGCCCCUGCUGCCGAGUUUGAUCGCGAGAUCACCGACAUGGCAUCCUACAUCCACAACUACAAGGUCACCUCCGAACUUGCUAUCGACACAGCUAGAUACGUCUUCCUCGACACGCUGGGCUGCGGUCUCAAGGCCCUUGAGUUCCCCCACUGCACCAAGCUUCUGGGCCCUGUCGUACCCGGAACAACUGUCCCCAAUGGUACAAGAGUUCCCGGCACCCCCUACCAACUCGAUCCUGUACUCGGUGCCUUCAACAUCGGUGCCAUGAUCAGAUGGCUCGAUUUCAACGACUGCUGGCUUGCCGCUGAGUGGGGUCACCCCAGUGACAACUUGGGCGCCAUUCUGUCUGUUGCAGAUUGGAUUAGCAGAACCAACCGCAACGGUGGAAACUUGGGCAAUGGAAAAAUCUUCACUGUGAAAGACGUCCUCGAGGCCAUGGUCAAGGCACAUGAGAUCCAGGGUUGCAUGGCCUUGGAGAACUCCUUCAACAAGGUUGGUCUAGAUCACGUUGUUUUGGUCAAGGUCGCUUCGACCGCCGUUGUCAGUCAAAUGCUCGGCCUUUCCGAGGCUCAGACUCGCGAUGCCAUCUCGCAAGCAUGGGUCGACGGUCAGAGUAUGCGUACCUACAGACACAGCCCCAACACCAUGAGCAGAAAGAGUUGGGCUGCAGGCGAUGCUUGCGAAAAGGCCGUCAACCUGUGCUUGAAGGUCAUGAAGGGUGAGGGCGGUAUGGCAACUGUGCUUACUGCUCCUACCUGGGGUUUCUACGACGUCAACUUCCACGGUGCCAAAUUCAACUUCCAGAGAGAAUACGGAAGCUAUGUCAUGGAGAACGUUUUGUUCAAGGUCUCUUACCCUGCCGAGUUCCACUCGCAAACUGCCGUCGAAGCGGCCAGCCGUAUCAACAAGAAGCUCAAGGCCAUGGGCAAGAGCGCCAAGGACAUCAAGGAUGUUACCAACAGAACACACGAGGCCUGCAUCCGUAUCAUUGACAAACAGUUGAAGCCCAUGGACAACUUUGCUGAUCGUGACCACUGUGUCCAAUACAUGGUCGCAACCAUGUUCGUCUUCAACCGCCUUGAGGCAUCAGACUACACAGAUGGAUCCGAAGCAGCAGAAAGCCCGCUUGUCGAGUCGCUUCGCAAGAAAAUCAAGUGUGUUGAAGACCCUCAGUACACCAAGGACUACCAUGACCCCGAGAAGAGAACCAUCUCCAACGCAUUGACCGUCACAUUGGAAGACGGCACAACCUUGGAAGAGGAGAUUGUCGAGGCACCUCUUGGACACAGACUGCGUCGUGAGGAAGCCAAGCCAGAGAUCAUGGCCAAGUACAAGAGACAUCUGGGCCCUCACUUUGAUGAGGCGCGGGUAAAGGAGCUGGUAGACCUCGGUAACUCGCCUGAGAAGUUGUACGGCAUGGAGAUUGACAAGUACGUUGACCUCUACGUCAAGGAGAGCAUGUAA